GUCUUGGAGUGWUAACUYGCGCUAAUCUAUUAGAAAGUGGAUUAGCGAGCUGUUAACCAUGAAGAAUUUGGAAGCCCUGUCAUGAAUGUGAUGAACUGGGAAUGAAUGCUGCCAAAAUCAAAGUUUUUUUUCCCCAUAAAGAUGUGAAAAAAUUCCCAUUGAAAAAGUGUUACUAUUUGCUCUAGAGAGUGCAAUAUAUUUAGUGGUUUAGUAAUUGAGUUCAGAUCUAAAAACGCCUCUGCACUCAGCCUUCCUCACGCAGACAGCUAAAUAUUAAAGAGUCACCGCUGUUUGGAAGGAAGGUUUGAAGCUACGAGCACAAGAUGGAUGGCGUGAAAACUGCUCCGAAUUCCUCCAUGUUUACUAUUGAUAACAUCUUAAAAGGCCAGACAAAAAAAACAUCAACUUCAGGUGUUCAAGAAAGCUCUUCAUCUAGUACCGGUGCACUGACACUAGCUGAAAAAUUGGCAGAUAUUAUACUUGAAAUGAAUUGUGAUGCGGGUACCCGAGGAAAACAGCGUCGAGCGCGCACGGCGUUUACUCCUAACCAACUGCAAGUACUGGAAAACACUUUCAGUAAGACUCAUUAUCCUGACAUCGUGAUGAGGGAAAGACUUGCUKCCUUUACGCGCCUGAAUGAAGAAAGAAUACAGGUUUGGUUCAAAAACCGACGAGCGAAAUACAGAAAACAAGGAAAGAACGCAAAAAGAACACAACYAGCGACGAAAAAAACAGGCUUGGAAGACCCAACAAACAAAAAAGAAAACAGCGAAGAACUUCAACUUCUUCCACCGAGUAUCGUAAUUCCCUCAAGUUCACCCGGAUCGACCAAUGAAAAUCACGAACCACAACAAGCAGUCCACCACAGACCAAUCAYCACGCUUUSUCCAAGUGGCGCCAAAUCGCCGCGYUAURUGACGUCAUACCCAAUUACAACCAAYCAUGAAUCUCUCUGUUAUUACGCGGGCUCACAUGAAUUCGAUCUUAUGUACGCUGGUAGUGAAACCUCGCAUGUAAUUUGGCCCCGUGUGCCUUUGUCUUCAACUGUUGAUAUGUGGAGAAUGAAGAAUUUGAUGGGCUAUACUAAUGUACCCUUUGUACCUUAACUAUAAACUUAACUAUAAAGAUAGAUCUAGACUUUUACAUAUCCUAUCAAAUCAGAAUAUAAAAGUACUAUAGGUUGUCUAACGAUAAACAAAUAUAAUACCAAACUUUAUUUGGGAAAUAAUCGGUCUUUUUUGGACGUUAUGGAGUAAAUAUUGUGUACCAUGCAUUUUUAAAGCUUGUAGCAAUUAAAAUUCUUUAAUAGA